CUACAGCAUUGUAUUGAAACACAUUGUAUUUAUACAGUAGUAUAGAGUAAAUACUGCAAACAUAUUGUAUUAUACAGUACUUAACACACGUGUCUUUCAUACACUUAUUGUUUGUUUUGUUUACCGAUGAUUGUUGUCCACCAAAUUGCGGGUAUCAUUUGGUCCCGAAUUUAGUAUAGAAGACACAUGAGUAGUCAUCAACAACAACAACAACAGUUGCGGCGUUCGCUGAGCCGACAACCGUUGGCCGGCCGACGAUCGGCGGCCGGCAGUUGGCAACGCUAUGGCCACCAAUUAUCGGCAUUUGUUCGGCACAAUUGUCUAACAUUGCGGCUACUAUUUGAUGGCCAAUUUUCAGCGGCCAUAAUGGUCUUACUAUUGGUCGGCGAAUUCGUACUGAACAUCUAUAUUAUCAAUCGUGUUAAAUAUACCGAAAUCGAUUGGUCAACCUAUGUCCAACAGGUCGAGUGUUUUGUCCAGAACGGUACCGUAAACUAUGAACAGAUUGGCGGCAAUACGGGACCGAUUGUCUAUCCGGCUGGCCAUCUGUACUCGUAUUCUGCGCUCUACUAUCUGACCAAUCGGGGUACAGAUAUCCGCCGAUGUCAAUAUAUUUUUGCGGCCAUCUAUCUGUUGACAUUGGCCUCAGUAUUCCGUAUCUAUAGACGUAUGGAUCAAAUGUUGCCUCCCUAUGUGUUUAUAGUGAUGUGCUGUACAUCCUAUAGGAUACACUCGAUAUAUGUGCUCCGUUUGUUCAAUGAUACCAUAGCUAUGCUAUUACUAUACAUAGCCAUCAACUUUUUCAUUGACCGCAAAUGGACAGUCGGAUCAAUAUUUUAUAGUUUGGGAGUAUCGGUCAAAAUGAAUAUACUAUUGUUUGCACCGGCAUUACUGCUUCUAUACAUUGAAAAUAAUAGUUUGAAAAAUGUUGCCAAAAAUCUGGGUAUUUGUGCUAUAAUUCAGUUAAUAAUAGGUUUACCAUUUUUGGCCAGUCAUCCGAAAGCCUAUCUGAUUAGAUCAUUCAAUUUGGGCCGUAUAUUCAUGCAUAAGUGGACAGUCAAUUGGCGAUUUCUACCCAACCAUCUAUUUAUUAGCCCUUAUUUUCAUCUAAUUUUAUUAACAUUACAUUUGAUGACAAUUGUAUUGUUUUUCAAGUCAAGAUAUAUACAAUGUUUUAAACGUAUUAUUAAUGUUAAAAAAUUGACGAAAACAACUGCCGCUAAUGUGUUGACAAAUAAUCAUAUAUUAUGGACACUAUUUAUCGCCAAUUUUAUUGGUAUAGCCUAUUCUCGUUCACUGCACUAUCAGUUUUAUGUUUGGUAUUUCCAUUCACUACCGUUCCUAUUGUGGUCGACACCAUAUUCACCAAAGACUAAACUGUGCCUUUUGGGUCUCAUAGAGUUCUCGUGGAACUCCUAUCCGAGUACUAGUCUAAGCAGUGGUAUCUUACAUAUGGUUCAUCUGAUCCUAUUGUUUGGUUUGUGGCGAAAUAGAUCCCAAUAUGAUAUCGGAUCGCAUAAUAAUAAUAAUACAAAUAAUAAUACAACGAAAAAAAAGAUAAAAUGAAAUAACAUUUAUUAUAUA